GGUCGAGUUGACUGAAGCAGUUUGCAGAAAAAACUACUCAGCACUCUUUCUUUUCAAGACUGUAAGUCGAUUAAAAAAAGGGCAACCAUGGUUGAGUGGACCGACCAGGAGCGCAGCAUCAUCAGCAGCAUCUUCAGCACCUUGGACUAUGAUGACAUCGGACCCAAGGCUCUGAGCAGGUGCCUGAUCGUCUACCCCUGGACUCGGAGGCAUUUCGUCAAGUCCUUCGGUGACAUCAAGACUAACGAGGCCAUCAAAGCCAACAAGCAGAUUGCAGCCCAUGGUAUCAAGGUGCUGCACGGUCUGGACAGGGGUUUGAAGAACAUGGACAACAUGAAGGCCACCUACGCACAGCUGAGCGUCCUGCACUCAGAGAAGCUGCACGUCGACCCAGACAACUUCAGGGUGUUCACUGACUGCCUGACCAUCGUCGUCGCGGCAAAAAUGGGGACAUCCUUCAAUGCACAAACGCAAGCCGCCUUCCAGAAGUUCCUGACCGUGGCGGUGUCUGCUCUGGGAAGGCAGUACCACUAAACCAGGCAGCUUUCUUCCAGCACCUGGAUACCAUGAAGGAGAUCUAAAAAUUUUUUACACCUUUUACUUGUCUCCUCAACGAAGAAAUAAAGUCACAAUGAAACAAAGUU